AUGCCGCCGAAGCACCAGCGUGAGGCGCCUGUGGCGAUGUCGGAGGAAGAUGAGAAUGAGAAGAUGGAGGCAGGCGACAUACUGGACUUCCAGAAGUACCUCGACCCCAACUUCUCGAAGAAUUUCAUGUCAAGCCUGCCGGAGAAGAUCCGUCAGAGGGCGCAGGUGCUCUCUGCCUACGAUGAGGACCUCUCCGCGCAGCAGAAGGCAUACAAGGCAAAGGAGAUGGACAUCCUGCGCCGCUACGACGCCCUCUUCGUGCCACUGCUGCAGCGCCGCAGGGAAAUCGUCACGGGCGCUACGGUGUCCGAUGAGGAGGUGAAGAAGGGCAUUCCUGAGGAACACACCGAGCAGGUGUCGGUGGCGGUAGACGAUACGGACGAGGCUGCGAAGGCCGCCGAUGCGUUCGGUCUGAACGGGUUCUGGCUGCGCGUGCUGCGACACCACGCCGUGAUCGACAGCACGAUUGAGCCGCACGACGAGGACGUUCUGAAGCACCUCGUCGACAUCCGGUCGGGUGUUGCGGAGGGUGACUACGGUAGCUUCCAGGUGGUUUUCACCUUCUCGCCGAACGAUUUUUUCGAGGAGGAGUCCAUCACCGCCACGGUAAGCAUCAAGGACGAUAAGUCGGUGCUUACGGUGUCGCCCAUCACCUGGAAACCAGGCAAGAACGUCAUGAUGCAUACGGUCGCCAAGAAGCAGCGUGCGAAGCGCACAGGUCAGAUGCGCACCAUCUCCCAUGCCUUACCGCAGAUGUCCUUCUUCUGGUUGUUCAAGAAAAAGCCCGAGGCCGACGGCAAGGAGGAGGAGGACGACGACGAGGAGGAAGAGCAGCGCAUAAGCACGCUCGAGGUGCUGCACACGCGUAUCGUGCCAAACGCCGUGCGCUACUACACCGGCGAGGCCCCCAAUGGCUUCAGCGACAUCGACGAGGAGGACGACGAAGAGGAGGAAGAGGAAGAAGAGGAGGAAGAGGAGAUCAUCCCACGCGGUCGUGGCGGUGCCCGUGGUGCCAACCGUGGCAGCCGUGGUGGUCGUGGUGGUCGUGGUGGCCGUAGCUUCUAA